AUGAAUCAUGAAAUCCUCAAAAGGGUCCCUGCAAUGGCACCAUUUCAUUUAAACACAAGUAGCCUUGGCGUACUUAUUCCGCAGUUGAAGAAGCAGUAUCCGAACAGACUGAUGGUAUUGAUGAUAAGUAGCACCAAAGCACCCCGGGUGUCUCUUGCUCCGAAUAAAUUGACUGGAAAUUUGUGGGCCGACUUGGUAACAUAUGUAAUACAACCCGAUGGAACCUUAAAAUAUGUAUUUACGCUUGAAACGGUCGUGGGUGGAUCUGGUGAAGUUGGGUUUAACGCAUCGAAAAUCACUGGUCAUGUGACGAAAUUAAG